AUGGGCUCGACUGAGAACGGACACGCCACUCGCCGGUUUGGCACCCUUGCGGUCCACGCUGGUGCUCCUCACGAUCCCGCCACCGGCGCUGUCAUUGAGUCGAUCUCUCUUUCCACCACCUUCGCCCAGACCAGCGUCGGCAACCCUGUCGGCCUGUACGAGUACACUCGUAGCGCAAACCCCAACCGUGACAACUUUGAGCAAGCCGUCGCUGCUCUCGAGCACGCCAAGUAUGCCCUGGCCUUCUCCUCUGGCUCUGCAGCCACUGCCAACAUCCUCCAAUCCCUCGCCGCUGGCUCGCACGUUAUCUCGGUCUCUGACGUCUACGGUGGCACCCACCGCUACUUCACCAAGGUGGCCGCCGCCCACGGUGUGCACGUCACCUUCACCCCAACCAUCGAGCUACACAUCGAGGACUUGAUCCGCUCCAACGAGACCAAGCUCAUCUGGAUCGAGACCCCCUCCAACCCUACCCUCGGCCUAGUCGACAUCCGCGCUGUGGUCGACAUUGCCCAGCGUCACGGCAUCCUCGUCGUCGUCGAUAACACCUUCAUGAGCCCCUACGUGCAGAACCCGCUCGACCACGGCGCCAACAUCGUCGUCCACUCCGUAACAAAGUAUAUCAACGGCCACUCCGACGUCUGCAUGGGCGUUGCCGCGUUCAACUCCGACGCCCUCAAGGAGCGCCUCUCUUUCCUCCAGAAUGCCAUCGGCGCCAUUCCUUCGCCCUUCGACUGCUGGCUCGCCCACCGCGGUCUGAAGACCCUGCACCUGCGCGCCCGCGAGGCUACCACCAAUGCCACUGCCGUGGCCCUGGCCCUCGAGGCCUCCCCCAUCGCGCUCAAGCAGCACCGCAACGGUAUGGGCGGUGGUAUGCUGAGCUUCCGUAUCAAGGGUGGUCAGGCUGCUGCGCACAACUUCUGCAAGUACACCAAGGUGUUUACCCUCGCUGAGUCUCUGGGUGGCGUUGAGUCGCUCUGCGAGGUCCCCUCGAGCAUGACCCACGCUGGUAUCCCCAAGGACCAGCGUGAGGCUGCUGGUGUGUUUGACGAUCUUGUGCGCCUUAGCUGUGGUGUUGAGGAUGCGGAGGAUCUUACGGCUGAUGUGAUCCAGGCGUUGGAGCUCGCGAUUGCCUCGAACGGUAGCGCAUAA